CGGCAGCGCCGCGACGCCCUCGAGGCGAACUAGACGCAAUACUUCGUGCUCGUCGCUGUUCAGACUUUUCGGCGUUUCUAACCUUGUUCUGGCGCUGUAUGUUGCUGCCUUCGUUCAUACGUAUAACGUAGUGUCGUGCGCUGUCCUUUUUGCUCUUCUUUCUUACGUACGUUACCCUUGUUUUGUGUUCCGUUAGUUUGAGGUGAACCGUUCGACUAGUGAGGAAAACGAAAGAAAGAAGAGUCCACCGAGACGCGAGACGACUGCUCUGUUUGCCUUGCCAACAAAAUACGUUAGAUUUGCACGCUCUACUCUGUUUAAUGCAGUGGCCUUUACGAAGCGGUGAACUUUAUGAAAACUUCGAUAGUCGACGUCGAGGCGUUGGCAAGGUCACGAGGGAGGAGCUGAGGUCAUCGCUGCACCUAUGUUGUGCGGCGAACUCCUGAACGGUGGCUUCGUCAGUACCGGAGCGGUACCGGUGAUUCCCUACGGUCUCUUAGGAUUCUGGUUGCCCGGCUGUCUACGUGCUACCAGCCCGACUUCUCUCAACUCGUCUUAUCUGACCCUGUUGGCCGAACUUCUGGCCACGGGCCACUUGGAUCAUCGAAGCGAGCCGAUGGACCUCGCGAAGAGGAGCUAUCAGGCUCCGACCAACGGGGCGGUCGACCUUGACCUCGACCUGCAUGCCGACGAUAUCGACGAGAACGUUUUUCUCGAAAACGGUCUUCUCUCGUUCGAGAAUCCCAACUAUCACUUGGACCCGGCUCGUCUGGACGAUGCUCUGAACAGCAACGAGAACGGCAGCUCUCUGUACGAUGAAUUGUAUCAGGAAUUGGUCGGGAACGGUGGCAGAAGCGGCGAAGUGACCGGCGGUGGCGGUGGCGGCGGCGGCGGCGGAGGCGGCGGUGGCACGAGGGUGCAAGCACGCAGAACGUACGCCACGUUGGAUCUAGGCAGUAUGGGGGUUGACGUCACUCAAGGUCCCCUCACUCAGGACUCGGUGACAGAGGACGCGCCGGACAAUACCGACAACCAUAACCUAGGGUACCGCAGCGAGGGUGUUGCGGAGUCUGCUCUGGUCGACGACACCCUCAACGGAAAUCCUCGAUCUUCGUCGUCGUCUUCCUCGAUUCUGCCUACCGUUCAGUCAGCAUCCGCGGACACGGUCGACGCUGCGAAUCUAACCGAUUCGAGAAAUUAUUGCGAGAAAGCGGAUAACGAAACGACAGAGAUGGGUGGUGUUCCGCACGUGGAGGGUGGACUGAACAGCGAGCUGUACGCGGUCCCUGUGAAGCGGAGACAGCCCAAGGAUCAAAAGAACAACGCCGCUUUGCAGAAUAACAGCCAGGAGAAGCCCGCGGAGGUGGACACCGCCGAUUCCGAGGACAAAGAUGAGAAUCUGCCACCUGGAUGGCAGAAACACGAGGACGAGAAUGGGCCAUAUUAUUGGCACGUUAAAAGCGGAAAUAUACAGAGAGAGCCUCCAGAGGCUCCUCUGCACUCCAAGAGGGAGUCGCGCAGAAGUCUGAUCAAGGACAACGACAGCAUAAACAACUUCCACACUCUGAGCGGCAUGGUGAACACCGUCACCCGCAGUAACACGAGCUCGGCCCUGGAUCAAGAGUUGGAAAACAAGAGGAAAGUGGAGCUAGCUCUCAAACGAAGGAGCUAUCCGGCACGAGCGGACUCCGAGGGCAGGGACAAACCUAUCAGAUUCGCCGUACGUUCUCUCGGAUGGACGGAAAUCGCCGAAGAGGAUCUGACGCCCGAAAGAAGCAGCAAGGCUGUCAAUAAGUGUAUCGUGGACUUGUCUCUGGGUAGAAACGAUCUUCUCGACGUGGUUGGACGGUGGGGCGACGGCAAAGAUCUAUUUAUGGAUCUGGACGAAGGUGCUCUGAAAUUGAUAGACCCGGAGAAUCUUACUGUACUCAACACACAGCCGAUUCAUACGGUGAGGGUGUGGGGUGUUGGCAGAGACCACUGCCGUGAAAGGGACUUUGCUUACGUGGCAAGAGACAGAUCGACCCGGAAGCACAUGUGCCACGUGUUCCGUUGCGACAUACCGGCGCGCACGAUCGCCAAUACGCUUCGCGACAUUUGCAAGAAGAUCAUGAUCGAGCGAUCGCAACACCAGAACCUCGCGAAACCGGUGGACAUCAAUGGACGAACGAGCCUGGCCACUAGGCCGACCAAUCUGCCGACGGAACAUCGACGUUUUCACAGAAACGGGCAAGCACUAGUCAUCGACCGGUUUUCAGCGCAAUCGUUCCCAACGCCGAUGGAAGAGCCGAAGAAAGUGCUGCGGGCACAAUAUCUCGGAUCCAUGCAAGUUUCUCAAGCAACUGGAAUGGAGGUGCUCAACGACGCGAUAGAUCACAUCGUAGCUAACACGCCGAUCAAUCAGUGGCGAAACGUGAACGUUGCAGUCGCGCCCAGCAUGAUCUCCAUCCUUACGCCGAACGAGGAGAAACUUAUCACCGAGUGCCGGGUACGUUAUCUGUCGUUCCUCGGCAUCGGUCGCAACGUGAAACAGUGCGCCUUCAUAAUGCACACCGCGCAGGAUCUCUUCAUCGCACACGUCUUCAACUGCGAGCCUAGCAGCGGUGCUCUGUGCAAAACGAUCGAAGCUGCCUGCAAGCUGAGGUACCAGAAAUGCUUAGACGCACAUCCGCAAGGCUUUAGAAACGCUAGCAGCUUGAACACUCCGAGCGGGAAGGGUCUCGGCGCCACCUUGAAAUCUCUGGUCGGCUCUCUGACUGGGCGUAGGAGCAAGCAGGGUGAGUCCUGAGACGAGGCUCUCUCGCUGCAGAACACUGUGUUGUAGCUGAUACCUUCGCUCGUUCCUUCGCAGGAACUGUGGCCCCUGCCUGCUGAGCGAGAAGUGAUCAGACACAGACAUUUGCAGUCGCCCCUGACCUUGAAAUACUUCAGCGGAUCGCCGCCAAGCGCGUCGCUCAGGUCACUCCUUUCGCCUUCCCUGGACAACAGGCGUAUUCAAUUGGCCCGUUGGGAGAGCAAUCCUUAAGAGGCAGCUCGUAGCCGGAGGUUACGUCGACUCUCGACGAGGAAGAACGGCAAAGAGAAGAAAGGAAUGAGGAAAAAAAAAAACAAAGGAUCGUUAUUCUUACGUUAAGAACGACUGAAUCGUGAAUUCUGCAGUGCUAUACUAAUUAAACACAGCUAUAGUGGACUACGCUUACGUGUGUCGAUAUGAUGUUAUGUAUGUUACGCGCAGUGUCCGACAAAAAGAUAAAACAAAAAAAAUAUAUAUAUAUAUCGUCGAAGGGGAAAGACUUGAAAAGCUCGUGGAUCGACGCCACGAAACUUGGAGGCGGGACGAAUUUCGGAGAAACGGAAACAGCGUUGUCCACCGUCUUUAGGACCUUUUGAUCGUGACGCGGAAGGUACACGUUCAAGAUACAGGUGUCCUGUCUGAAUUUGGGACAGGACAGAACGAAUAUCUGUGUACAUACGGGAUGGUAAUUUAUCGCGCUAAAUUUAGUAAAUUCGCUGGAUUUGAGGGAAGUCCAGAGGAGGAGUGAAAGGGGAACGAUGCGUGAGUGACGGAAUGACUGAAGUAGCGUAUCCACGAGGCAUUCGAAGAUUAAAUGAAGAAAAAAAAAGAAAAAAAAAAGAAGACAAACAAGCUAUAGAGAGCUUAAAUGUAUAACUUACAUGUGUAUUCUCGGGUGUACAGAUUAGAAAAAACGAGGCGAGGAUGACCAGACCACACGAAUUAAGGAAACACGUAACACACAUAUUAUAUAGGAUAUGAGACACGCAUAGAGAUACCCAAGCGAAUGAAACACACACGAGUACACACGAGUAUGCGUGGCAUGUUGCACACGCAGACAAUACAAACGCGCGUACAGAUACACGAACACUUACACAUACACACACACACACACAGGUAAUAGGAAGUUUAUUUUUUAUGGCGAAUUAUAGAGAAGUUUGCACAGUUUUUGAAGUGAAGGCGAUACGAUAAAAUGCUAGCACGACCGUCCUUUAAAUCCACGGGAAAGAAGAGACCGAGACAAACUUACCGAGAGCUACGUUACCGAUCUUUGACACACUCGCAAUAAACAAUAUUAUAUAUUAUCGUACGCACAAUCGUUGUUGUGCAAUAACGCUAACGCCUACACAAAGAAAGAAAAAAAAAAAAAACGAUCAACAACUUCAUUCUGUUGGAAAACGGUGUAACGAAUCGUUAUCGUCAUCGUUGUUAUCGUUAUCGUCGUCGUCGUCGUCGUCGUCGUCGUAACGCGCCUCGCUGAACAAACUAAUUAACCGCUGAGCUCCAUCAUGCGCCCGUAUGUCGCAAUGGCGUCGGAAAUUUUAACAAUGAUAAAAUUCCGUGUAAAAAAGGAAAAAGAAAAGAAAAGGGGGAAAAGAAUGCAAGAGAAGAGAAACGGAUGAAUAUAAAUAGCCAGCAAAUUGUCCAGGGAGCUUCAUUCACCGCCACGAUACGACGCCGUUUCUCCGAAACGGCUCGAACAUCGACGCUUUGACUCUUGCACGCGCGUGUCACGCGAUCACAAAGGGAAAUAAAUAUAUUGCGUAUACACGUAUUAUUAUCCGCAAACUCAUUAUUCGCACGUGCACAGCGUCGACUGCAGCCUUUCACACGCGACGAACGUUCAAAGACACACACACCGAUCGAGUUGGAAUCGGCAGAGCGAGGCUGACGAUGCUCGAACGUUCUGGUUCGAUGUCGGUCAACGGAAAUCGUGACACGUUUUUUAAGAACGUUUCGCGCCAACGUGCGAACCGCCGUGAAUGGCACGUUGGCGCUUACGUAGUCACGCGAGAGCACGACAUCGACGAUUCGAUGGUAAACUCGGAUCCAAAUCGUGCUCCUUGCUAGCUGAACGAUCGUCGUUUCAAGUGUUCGCGAUGCCUAAUGUCAAUCAAUAGCUUAGAGAAAGAAAGAAGAAACCCGUGACAACAGUUAACCCGAUUACGUGUAUCGUCGUGCGCCCGUUCUCCCUUCGGUUCUCGUUUUUCUAUCGAUAGCUUUAGGCAUUCAUUUCCAUACGCGCCGAACUUUUUCCAGCGGAUCGCCGCGAAUUAUGUACAGAGAACGAAGAAGAAGGUCUACUUCUGUCGUCCGAUCCUUGAUUAUUUUCGUAUCUACGAUAACCUCGCGAUUAGACACGUGACGAUGUGGCGAACACCGGCGUCCCAUCCACGUUGCUCCGGCUGAUAAUCGAACGCGUCUAGUCUGUCGACUAGGUUUCGGUCGCUCGUUCAGUCGCGCUUCUCACGUUUGACCGUAAAGAUAAACGUUCCUAGUAGUCGGCGGCGAUACUCUGGUUCGAUUCUCCGUCUCGAAGAGAAAAAAACCUCGCGCGACCGACAGGCGGAAAAACGGCGUCACGCAACCGAUCCAGAACGGAUACCAGAGAAACAAGACGAAACGAGACAAGGAGCGGCAAAACUCGACCGGUCGUUUUACGUAACAACGCGUGUGCUGCCAGCAAGAAAGCAAUCGCGGUCGGCGAGUAGGUCAACGUUUAAUAUCGCGGAACGAUUCCAUUUAUCUGAUGGGAAGAAUCGCUGUCCAGGAAUCGCUUUGAUUCUCUCGGCGGAGAAGGACGGUCGACUUUCUUGCUCGCAGCGCAUUCUCGUCGUCCUUCGAUGACGGUCACGCGUCGUGGUAGCCAUCGUCAUGGUUGCGAAAGACAAACAAAGUUGUGCGGGACCCAGAACGAAGAGAGAUAUUUCUAUGUAGCGUUUUAAAUGAAAGAAGGAUGGCUGGCCAGAGUAGGAAAGAAAGUUGAAUGGAGAGAGCAUGAGUGUUACGUGUCAGAGGGUAAGAACGAGGAAACGUGUGCGUGGAACGUGUUAGGCUGCUUAAUGAUAUUAUCUAGAUUGAGAAAUUGUAACGAUGAGACACAGAAUCGCGAAGAUGGUUUUCAUCCUUUGUACAUAAAAGAAAAAAAGAAAAAAAAAAUACAUGUUGCGAGGAUCACCUGCCUUUUACUUAUAUAAAGAUGAUGAGGAAUAGAAAGAGGAAUGAGGAGGAGGACGUAGCGAUGUUAAGAGAGAAAAAUGAACUAAUGCGAAAAGUGCAUCCGUGUGGAACGCCUGAAUGUUAUAUAUAUAUGUUAUAUAUAUAUAUAUUAUGUAUCUCGGAAGAGAAGCUCCUCGAAGGUCAACAAGCAUUUACACCGCGAGCCUUUUUGGAAGUUCCCUUUCGAUCUAUUCCGCGAGCUUCGAAUUUCCUUUGACCCCGUAUCUAUUUUACGUUCCUUCCGUUAUCUGGUCACUCUCAAUCUCUACGCGGGUAGGCUUGAGAACCGUGUCACGAACAAUAAUUAAAAGAGACGUCGCGCGACGAGGCCUCCCGUGCGACCCACGGCUACGGACACUCGGAUUCUCCCCGCGUUUUACACGAAAGAACCAGCGACAUUUCUUCUGCUAUCGAUAUAUCGUUGAUACGAUUCCUUGCUUUGAUAUACAAACAAAACAAAAAAAUAUAUAUAUAUACAAAUAUAUAUAGUUGUUGAAUUUACAUUAUCGUGACGUUAGACCGGGCGAGCGAUCGAGGGUGGCACGAGACUGCCUCGAGGCCGUGACGAGUGCGGAGAUAAUGCGGUAUGGAUGUAAAUAUAUAAUUAUUAUACAUUUGUGUAGAAACGUAAGGGAUUAAAGGGGAAAACAAGAGAAAGAUCGAAGAGGAAAAGAUCACGAGCAAAGGACACCAUCGUUGCCAUCUGUCGUCCGAUGUUUUACGUGAAGUGAAACGAAUGAAUUUGAAACACAACCGACAUACUAUUCAGGCGUACACAUGCAACACACGAGCACAUACACACAUACACACAUACACAUUGCACACGAAAAAGAGAGAACACGCACGUUCACAAAUUACGUGUAGCUUAACUGUCUCCUUAAGUAUAGGUGUUGACAUGUCGCCCAAGAAAGAUACGAGAAUAUCGUUGAAGUGAAAUAAAGCGAAAAUACCAACCACAGGGUUGAAAGAGGUGGGAAAAUAAAAGAAAGAGGUGGAGGAGGGUAAAGGAGAAGGGAAGCCACUUGUAACUGACAUAGAAUAGUGCAAACCUAACUGUAUUUACUGUGGACAUGUAAUAUCCUUAAUGAAAAAAAAAAAGAAAAAAAAAUGGGAUCUACUUGAUAAGAGAGUUGUUCUGCACAAAACACGAUGCUUCAUUGAUAAUUAUAGUGUCUCUCUCUAUCUCUCUCUCUCUCUAUCUCUCUCUUUCUCUGUCUCUCUAUUUUCAAAAAGUACGUACCUCUCUCUCUCUCUCUCUCUCUCUCUCUCUCUCUCUCUCUAUCUCUCUCUGUACCUCUAUGGCAACUUAAUGUAUUCAACACGAUAUUUUCGAUCGAAAAUUCGUUUCGGCGAAAUCGGACGCGUUCGUCCGCGCCGCGAACGACUCUCGUCACCGUUCGCUCGAUUCGAGCGCCUCAUUCGAAACGAAUCACGCAGAGACCACGCAUCAUCGAACAAUCAUCGUUAAUUUUAAUUGUAGUCACGAUCACUGUCGUCGCGUUAAUACGGAGUACAAGUGUAUAGAGAAUUCACCGUCAUCGUUAUGUCGCGUUAAUCACGGUGGAAAUAAUUCUAAAACGGGAGGAGAAGGAAAAGAGAUGUCGUUACCACCGAUUGCUAGCAUGAAUUAAUACGGAGAAUGAGAGUAGAACGAAAAUUGGAAUAUAUAAGGAGGUAUACAUAUGCUCGCGCGACGAUCGGCUUUGAAGCGUCGAGCGAUCGAUUCAACGUGUAACGUAGACGAUGAAGAACGAUCGACCUUUUUUUCUUUUUUUUCGACGACGUUACGAAAAA